AUGGAUCGUCUUGCUCUUUUUCAAUUUGGUUUACUUUUACUUGCUCUACCAUUACAAUAUUUUAUUUUAAUGAAAUGGUCUUCGAAAGAUUUUGAACAAACACAAGCAAUUACUAAAAUUACAAACCAAAUUAAUCAAGUAUUUCAUUAUUUAUCACCAACGACAUGGUUUAAUUGGUUUAUUAGUUUUGUUAUUGAAGUUCCACUUGGCUUUAAUCCACUUUUACAUAAACGUACAUGGAGGCGUGGGAUCGAGUCUCCUGCUACAGAAGUUUAUUAUAUGAGAGAAAAAUAUGGAUAUUUUGCUACUUCACCAGCUAUUCGUUCAUCUCGAUCUGAGUAUGUUAAAUAUAGAGUUGGUCAAGUUAUUCGACAUAAAAUCUAUGGUUAUCGUGCAGUAAUUAUUGGUUGGGAUGAAAUAGCUUCUGCACCAGAUCAAUGGCUGGAUGAACAUCAUCACGAACAUCCAGAAUUUAGAACUCAACCAAAUUAUUCUGUAUUACUUGAUACAAGAGAUCGACGUGCUCAUAAAACUUAUAUUCCACAAGAACAUAUUGAAGUUAUUAAAAAUACAAAGAUAGUCAAUGCCCAAUUGAGUGAUUAUUUUAGUUUUUUUGAUGGUGUUCAAUAUAUAAUGCAACCAUGGCUACAAGAACUAUAUCCACAUGAUUAA